CACAGUCUGUGAAGACAACAGGACUAAGCACUGACUUCUUCCUCCUGUCACACAAGCUUCCAACAGUGAAAUCGUUCCGACCCCAUGAGAGGGUCUUCCGUGUCACAAUGAGAGCCCCCUGUGUGUUCCUACUGAUUUACUCGGCCUUAUCAGGUCCAGGUGUUUCAUGGGUAGAAGCACAAAAUGACACCUGCAACGCCAGCGGCAGCCUUGCACAGCAGCAAUGUGGCCAAGGUUCCGAGUCCACCUCCAGGUUCCUGCAGUGCGCAGGGGUUCCGUCUGGGCCUCUAGCUGGACCGCACCACGUCCAGAACCUUGUGAACCUACUGGAUGCUGCACUGGAUGUCUACUCUUUCAUGAGGUCCACUCUGAGCCAGGGCCCUGCGCUAGAGGUGUCGGGUGGGAUCCAGCUGACCCCCGAGGGCCUGGUGAGCGACGCGGACGUGCUGAAGGUGUGGCUGGAGGUGAAGAUGAAGCCCCUCCUCUCCUCCGUCUCCCGCCAGUUCCUCCGUUGCCUCGGCAAUAAGAACCUCAGCUGCGAGGCCUACCACACUGUGGUUAGUGAGAUGAGCGAGCACUUCUCUGGAAUGGACCCUGUACGGCAGAAGUGGAUCUACAUGUUUUUCAUGUACCCCUUCCUGUCUGAUAACAGAACAGCGGGAUGCAUGCACCUGAGCAACGGCACUGAGGACUGGCUGAUGAAGAACUUUGGGUCAUUCUCUGUCAUGGCAACCAUGAAAGAUCUCUCAUCGCUCAACAUGGUCUUCAGUGGGUUGGACGUGCUCCACUUGUUGACUCCAGAGCAGAGGGCGGAGCUGCUGCUGCAGCCGGAGGUGGUGGGGCUGGACGAGGGCGUCCUCACCCUGGUGUUCGACAGCCUGCUGGACCCCCUGCUGCCGGCCCGACCUCCGACCUCACCUACCUCCGCUCCUCGCCCUGACCCGACUGGCUUCACGCGCAACUACACGACCUCACCUGGGCCUCACCACACCCAGCACUAUACCACCCCUUACAGGGACCCAGCCAGAAAGGUGGCCGAUGGAUUCAUGUCUGUCUUGACACCCAUGGGAAGCUUUGCCAGGCGCUUGGUCUCCUUUACAAAUCAGCACAAUCUCACCACCGUGCGAAGUGCCACUCUCAUCCAGGCCAUGCUCAACUGGACCUUGGCAGAACUGGCCGCUCCUUACAAGCAGAACAGCACCGCUCCGGACCAGGUGGACUUUGACCCGCUGGACGUGAACGACUGGUUCCAGCAUGUUGUGGUUCCGGUUCUGAGACGGUACCUGCCCCGAGACGAGAUGGAGAUCCCGCAGAACAUCACCGUGGUGUUCCACAACCUGUUCCACAUCCAGACCGGUUUGGAGCCAGAGUCAGAGGAGACUGACUCUGAUUCUGAUAUCUGCAGUGUGUCCAUUGAUGAGAGAUCUUGUGCUCUCACCGAUGCAGUGGAGGAGGUGGCUCGUGUCAUGCACUGUGCAGCCAAGACCAACCUGAGUCUGACAGAGGAGACGCUGAUGAGACUGGUGAUGGAGCUCUCCGACAGCCUCAACUCACUCACCCAGGAACUCGCCCAAAUGAACUUCAGCUCCCCUGACUCUCCAUUCUUCGGAAUCCUCGACCAGAUCAUCUCCGGUCCCCUGACGCAGGACAACCUCCAUGACGUGUCCUUCAUUAGGCUGUGGUUCCAGAUCAAGCUGCGGCCUCUGUUGCCCUCACUCACCCCAGAGUACCUGUCCUGCCUCAGUGCCAAAGGAUUCAGCUGUGAAACCUACCAAGCACUUGUGAAGGCUCUGGGUGAUCACAUGUCUGACAUGCAUGAGAGGGGAGCUGAGAUGGUCCUUCAGCACUUCAUCAUUCCUUUCCUCUUCAACCCCAACCAUACAGACCCUGGCUGCGUGAGAUCGGUUGAGAACAGCACUGACUGGAUGAUGAAAAACUUGGGUGGCUUCGCUUCCCUGGCUACACUUGUGGACAUGUACCAGCUCAACCCCGAGUUCUCUGCAAUUGAAGUCCUGCCCUUGCUGUCCCCCAGACAGAUGGCAGAGCUCAUGGUCGUUCCCCUCCCAAGGCUGCCGCCGAAACGACAGGUGGUCGACCUCGUCUUCGACCACCUCUUGGGAGACCCCAUUGGAAGGAACAUGCCUGAAGUCCUGGAGCACCUUGUGCAAUUCAGCCAUGAUAUGGGAAUGGACUGUGAGACCUACCAGAUCAUAGUGGAAAAGCUGUAUGAUGUGUUGUGGUCUGUGCCACGCAUGAUGGAACCACAGAUCUGGGCAGCAAUUCACAACAUGAGACAACCUGCAGACUGUUCAUUGCCUGUGUUCGACUGUCCUGUGAUACACUUUAAUGAGAGCAGAAUGUGUGCUGGAAUUAACAGCUCUGAGCUGCAGCACCACCUGGAGGCUGGGCAUGUAUCCUGUGAAUACACUCUAAUGGAGUACGCCUGCUCAGAGCUGAAAGGAUUCUCUGCACAUAACCUGACCCACCUCCUGAUGUGCAUGCUGGCCAGCAACAUGACAGACUCCAAGGAGACCUGGAAGCUGCUCCUCACCAAGACAUCUGCAGUUCUGGAUGAAGCGCUCGCCAUGUUCUCCAGCAUGGCCUCCAACAUGUCGCAUCCUCUGAUUGGUCAGUCUGUGUCCAAUUUCCUGGACGUGCUGCGUGACAUGCGACUGGACCAGUUCACCCCAGAGCAGUGGCAAGACGCUUCCUUCGUGGCGUCGCUGUUGAACGGCACCCACCCAUUCUUGGCUGCCGCCUCUGGAGGUUUUCUCCACUGCCUCACCACCAAGAACCUCACCUGUGAAACCUUCCAGAUCAUACUGAGAGCGUUUGUGCAGCAGUUCCACUACAUGGAGGAGCCUAGUAGGAGGAUGGUGCUGGAGUCUUUCAUCCUGCCCUACCUAAACAGCAACUCCUCAGGACAUGCUUGUGCCCUUAAUGGCAGCUAUUAUUGGCUGCAAAACAACUUUGGGCCUUUCUCUGUCCUUGUGGAGCUAGAAGAUCUAUUUGAGCUCAACAUGGCCUUUGAUCCACUGGAGGUGUUGGAUCUUCUCAGUCCAAUGCAGAUGGCUGAGUUGAUGGUUCUGCCUCUCCCUCAUGCCCAAGGGAAAGAUGAGGUCAUCAGCAGAGUGCUGGAUCACCUCCUAGAGUCACCUGUGGAGAGGAAUCUUCAGGAAGUUCUUGGUCUCACCAUCAUCCUUGCCACACAGGAUGAAGCACCUUGUGAGUUCUACCAGGCAAUAAUCCCAAGGCUGAGUGAGUCUGUGACAUCAGUACCAGGAGUUCUGGAGCCCAUCAUCAGAGGAGCUGUGGAAGAGCUGCUCCAGCUCAGUCCACAAGAUUGUGCUGUUUCUCUGCCUGUUCAGUGUCCUACAACACCAGUUAAUGAAACCAGAAUUUGUGAAGGUGUUAACAGCACUGUCCUGCAGUCUCAACUGGCAGCUGGCCUGGUCCCCUGUAAUGUCAGUCUGGAGCAGUAUGCCUGUUCAGAGCUAACAGGAUUCACUGCACAGCACCUGGCCCAGGUUCUGAUUUGCAAGCUGUCCAGCAACAUGACUUACUCCAGGGAGACCUGGAAACUGCUCCUCACCAAGUCCUCUGCAGUUCUGGAUGAUGCUCUCAUCAUGUUCUCCAACAUGUCUCUGAGGAUCAUGGGUCAAUCUGUGACUGAUGUCCUGGAUAUUCUUGGAGAGCUCCGUCUGGAGCUGCUCAGUGACAUGCAGUGGGAAGACAUCGACUUCAUCUCCUCACUGUUUGGUGAACGUCUGCGGCUGUUCUUGCCCUUCGCCUCCGGAGAACUUCUGCACUGUGUCAGCAGGAAGAACCUCACCUGUGAAACCUACCAGUACAUUGUGGCUGAGCUGAGUCUUCAGUUUGAUCACAUGACAGAGGAGCAGGCCGAGAACGUUCUCAAGUUCUUCAUUUUGCCCUUCCUGUCCAAAAACACAUCAGAUCCAGGAUGUAUCUCCAACAAUAGCAUGACGUGGCUUCUCAACAACUACGGGCAAUUCUCUGGCCUUGUCCCACUCAAAAGUCUACUUGAUGCCAAUAAGUACUUCAAUCCGCUGGCUGUCCUGGAGCUGCUCUCUCCCCAGCAGAAGGCGGAGCUGAUCCUCCUGCCUCUCGGAGACCUUCCCCCACAGGAGGUCAUCAGGGUCGUCUUCAACCACCUCCUGCAGCCUCCCCAGCAGACACAGAUGCCCGAGGUCCUGCAACAUCUAGUCAGGAUUGCACAAGAGAACGAGAUACCGUGUCUCACCCUUCAGUUAGUAUCAGAGAACCUGUACAUGGGUCUGUCACAUGUGCCUCCUGAAUUAGAGCAUAUCAUCUACACAACCGUCGAUCAACUUAGAGGGAACUCACCACAAGGUUGCAUACUUCCACAGCCACCUUCAUGUCCUUUCACAAGGGUAAAUGAGACUGAAAUUUGCUACAGGACAAACAGCUCUGAGUUGCAGCAUCUCUUGGAUAUGGGACAAGUACCCUGCCAAUACAGCGUGUCAGAGUAUGCAUGCUCUGAGCUGUCAGGACUCACUGCAGAGCACCUGGCCCAGCUCCUGGUCUGCCAGCUGUCCAGCAACAGGACUUACUCCAAGGGGACCUGGAAGCUGCUCCUCACCAAGACCUCUGCAGUUCUGGACGAAGCUCUCAUCAUGUUCUCACACAUGGCCUCCAAUAUGUCUCUGAGGAUCAUGGGUCAAUCUGUGACUGAUGUCCUGGAUAUUCUUGGAGAGCUCCGUCUGGAGCUGCUCAGUGACAUGCAGUGGGAAGACAUCGACUUCAUCUCCUCACUGUUUGGUGAACGUCUGCGGCUGUUCUUGCCCUUCGCCUCCGGACAACUUCUGCACUGUGUCAGCAGGAAGAACCUCACCUGUGAAACCUACCAGUACAUUGUGGCUGAGCUGAGUCUUCAGUUUGAUCACAUGACAGAGGAGCAGGCCGAGAACGUUCUCAAGUUCUUCAUUUUGCCCUUCCUGUCCAGAAACACAUCAGAUCCAGGAUGUAUCUCCAACAAUAGCAUGACGUGGCUUCUCAACAACUACGGGCAAUUCUCUGGCCUUGUCCCACUCAAAAGUCUACUUGAUGCCAAUAAGUACUUCAAUCCGCUGGCUGUCCUGGAGCUGCUCUCUCCCCAGCAGAAGGCGGAGCUGAUCCUCCUGCCUCUCGGAGACCUUCUCCCACAGGAGGUCAUCAGGGUCGUCUUCAACCACCUCCUGCAGCCUCCCCAGCAGACACAGAUGCCCGAGGUCCUGCAACAUCUAGUCAGGAUUGCACAAGAGGACGAGAUACCGUGUCUCACCCUUCAGUUAGUAUCAGAGAACCUGUACAUGGGUCUGUCAUAUGUGCCUCCUGAAUUAGAGCAUAUCAUCUACACAACCGUCGAUCAACUUAGAGGGAACUCACCACAAGGUUGCAUACUUCCACAGCCACCUUCAUGUCCUUUCACAAGGGUUAAUGAGACUGAAAUUUGCUACAGGACAAACAGCUCUGAGUUGCAGCAUCUCUUGGAUAUGGGACAAGUACCCUGCCAAUACAGCGUGUCAGAGUAUGCAUGCUCUGAGCUGUCAGGACUCACUGCAGAGCACCUGGCCCAGCUCCUGGUCUGCCAGCUGUCCAGCAACAGGACUUACUCCAAGGGGACCUGGAAGCUGCUCCUCACCAAGACCUCUGCAGUUCUGGACGAAGCUCUCAUCAUGUUCUCACACAUGGCCUCCAAUAUGUCUCUGAGGAUCAUGGGUCAAUCUGUGACUGAUGUCCUGGAUAUUCUUGGAGAGCUCCGUCUGGAGCUGCUCAGUGACAUGCAGUGGGAAGACAUCGACUUCAUCUCCUCACUGUUUGGUGAACGUCUGCGGCUGUUCUUGCCCUUCGCCUCCGGACAACUUCUGUACUGUGUCAGCAGGAAGAACCUCACCUGUGAAACCUACCAGUACAUUGUGGCUGAGCUGAGUCUUCAAUUUGAUCACAUGACAGAGGAGCAGGCCGAGAACGUUCUCAAGUUCUUCAUUUUGCCCUUCCUGUCCAGAAACACAUCAGAUCCAGGAUGUAUCUCCAACAAUAGCAUGACGUGGCUUCUCAACAACUACGGGCAAUUCUCUGGCCUUGUCCCACUCAAAAGUCUACUUGAUGCCAAUAAGUACUUCAAUCCGCUGGCUGUCCUGGAGCUGCUCUCUCCCCAGCAGAAGGCGGAGCUGAUCCUCCUGCCUCUCGGAGACCUUCCCCCACAGGAGGUCAUCAGGGUCGUCUUCAACCACCUCCUGCAGCCUCCCCAGCAGACACAGAUGCCCGAGGUCCUGCAACAUCUAGUCAGGAUUGCACAAGAGAACGAGAUACCGUGUCUCACCCUUCAGUUAGUAUCAGAGAACCUGUACAUGGGUCUGUCACAUGUGCCUCCUGAAUUAGAGCAUAUCAUCUACACAACCGUCGAUCAACUUAGAGGGAACUCACCACAAGGUUGCAUACUUCCACAGCCACCUUCAUGUCCUUUCACAAGGGUAAAUGAGACUGAAAUUUGCUACAGGACAAACAGCUCUGAGUUGCAGCAUCUCUUGGAUAUGGGACAAGUACCCUGCCAAUACAGCGUGUCAGAGUAUGCAUGCUCUGAGCUGUCAGGACUCACUGCAGAGCACCUGGCCCAGCUCCUGGUCUGCCAGCUGUCCAGCAACAGGACUUACUCCAAGGGGACCUGGAAGCUGCUCCUCACCAAGACCUCUGCAGUUCUGGACGAAGCUCUCAUCAUGUUCUCACACAUGGCCUCCAAUAUGUCUCUGAGGAUCAUGGGUCAAUCUGUGACUGAUGUCCUGGAUAUUCUUGGAGAGCUCCGUCUGGAGCUGCUCAGUGACAUGCAGUGGGAAGACAUCGACUUCAUCUCCUCACUGUUUGGUGAACGUCUGCGGCUGUUCUUGCCCUUCGCCUCCGGACAACUUCUGCACUGUGUCAGCAGGAAGAACCUCACCUGUGAAACCUACCAGUACAUUGUGACUGAGCUGAGUCUUCAGUUUGAUCACAUGACAGAGGAGCAGGCCGAGAACGUUCUCAAGUUCUUCAUUUUGCCCUUCCUGUCCAGAAACACAUCAGAUCCAGGAUGUAUCUCCAACAAUAGCAUGGCGUGGCUUCUCAACAACUACGGGCAAUUCUCUGGCCUUGUCCCACUCAAAAGUCUACUUGAUGCCAAUAAGUACUUCAAUCCGCUGGCUGUCCUGGAGCUGCUCUCUCCCCAGCAGAAGGCGGAGCUGAUCCUCCUGCCUCUCGGAGACCUUCCCCCACAGGAGGUCAUCAGGGUCGUCUUCAACCACCUCCUGCAGCCUCCCCAGCAGACACAGAUGCCCGAGGUCCUGCAACAUCUAGUCAGGAUUGCACAAGAGGACGAGAUACCGUGUCUCACCCUUCAGUUAGUAUCAGAGAACCUGUACAUGGGUCUGUCAUAUGUGCCUCCUGAAUUAGAGCAUAUCAUCUACACAACCGUCGAUCAACUUAGAGGGAACUCACCACAAGGUUGCAUACUUCCACAGCCACCUUCAUGUCCUUUCACAAGGGUUAAUGAGACUGAAAUUUGCUACAGGACAAACAGCUCUGAGUUGCAGCAUCUCUUGGAUAUGGGACAAGUACCCUGCCAAUACAGCGUGUCAGAGUAUGCAUGCUCUGAGCUGUCAGGACUCACUGCAGAGCACCUGGCCCAGCUCCUGGUCUGCCAGCUGUCCAGCAACAGGACUUACUCCAAGGGGACCUGGAAGCUGCUCCUCACCAAGACCUCUGCAGUUCUGGACGAAGCUCUCAUCAUGUUCUCACACAUGGCCUCCAAUAUGUCUCUGAGGAUCAUGGGUCAAUCUGUGACUGAUGUCCUGGAUAUUCUUGGAGAGCUCCGUCUGGAGCUGCUCAGUGACAUGCAGUGGGAAGACAUCGACUUCAUCUCCUCACUGUUUGGUGAACGUCUGCGGCUGUUCUUGCCCUUCGCCUCCGGACAACUUCUGUACUGUGUCAGCAGGAAGAACCUCACCUGUGAAACCUACCAGUACAUUGUGGCUGAGCUGAGUCUUCAAUUUGAUCACAUGACAGAGGAGCAGGCCGAGAACGUUCUCAAGUUCUUCAUUUUGCCCUUCCUGUCCAGAAACACAUCAGAUCCAGGAUGUAUCUCCAACAAUAGCAUGACGUGGCUUCUCAACAACUACGGGCAAUUCUCUGGCCUUGUCCCACUCAAAAGUCUACUUGAUGCCAAUAAGUACUUCAAUCCGCUGGCUGUCCUGGAGCUGCUCUCUCCCCAGCAGAAGGCGGAGCUGAUCCUCCUGCCUCUCGGAGACCUUCCCCCACAGGAGGUCAUCAGGGUCGUCUUCAACCACCUCCUGCAGCCUCCCCAGCAGACACAGAUGCCCGAGGUCCUGCAACAUCUAGUCAGGAUUGCACAAGAGAACGAGAUACCGUGUCUCACCCUUCAGUUAGUAUCAGAGAACCUGUACAUGGGUCUGUCAUAUGUGCCUCCUGAAUUAGAGCAUAUCAUCUACACAACCGUCGAUCAACUUAGAGGGAACUCACCACAAGGUUGCAUACUUCCACAGCCACCUUCAUGUCCUUUCACAAGGGUUAAUGAGACUGAAAUUUGCUACAGGACAAACAGCUCUGAGUUGCAGCAUCUCUUGGAUAUGGGACAAGUACCCUGCCAAUACAGCGUGUCAGAGUAUGCAUGCUCUGAGCUGUCAGGACUCACUGCAGAGCACCUGGCCCAGCUCCUGGUCUGCCAGCUGUCCAGCAACAGGACUUACUCCAAGGGGACCUGGAAGCUGCUCCUCACCAAGACCUCUGCAGUUCUGGACGAAGCUCUCAUCAUGUUCUCACACAUGGCCUCCAAUAUGUCUCUGAGGAUCAUGGGUCCAUCUGUGACUCAUGUCCUGGAUAUUCUUGGGGAGCUCCGUCUGGAGUCGCUCAGUGACAUGCAGUGGCAAGACAUCUAUUUCAUCUCCUCACUGUUUGGUGACAGUCUGCGGCCAUUUUUACCCUUCGCCUCUGGAGACCUUCUGCAAUGUGUCAGCAGCAAGAACCUCACCUGUGAAACUUACCAGUACAUUGUGGGUGAGCUGAGUCAUCAUUUUGAUGACAUGACAGAGGAGCAGGCCGAGGAUGUCCUCCGGUCCUUCAUCCUGCCCUUCCUGUCCAGAAACACAUCAGACUCUGGAUGCUUCUCCAACAACAGCAUGGAAUGGCUUACAGAUAACUACGGACAAUUCUCUGUCCUUGUUCCUCUCGAAAGUCUAUUUGAUCGCAACCAGGACUUUGAUCCACUGGAGGUGUUGGAUCUUCUCAGUCCAAAGCAGAUGGCUGAGUUGAUGGUUCUGCCUCUCCCUCAUGCCCAAGGGAAAGAUGAGGUUGUCAGCAGAGUGCUGGAUCACCUGCUGGAAUCACCUGUGGAGAGGAAUCUUGCAGAAGUUCUUGGUCUCACCAUCAUCCUUGCCACACAGGAUGAAGCACCUUGUGAGUUCUACCAGGCAAUUAUCCCAAGGCUGAGUGAGUCUGUGACAUCAGUACCAGCAGUUCUGGAGCUCAUCAUCAGAGGAGCUGUGGAAGAGCUGCUCCAGCUCAGUCCACUAGAUUGUGCUGUUCCUCUGCCUGCUCAGUGUCCUACAACACCAGUUAAUGAAACCAGAAUUUGUGAAGGUGUUAACAGCACUGUCCUGCAGUCUCAACUGGCAGCUGGCCUCGUCCCCUGUAAUGUCAGUCUGGAGCAGUAUGCCUGUUCAGAGCUAACAGGAUUCACUGCACAUCACCUGGCCCAGGUUCUGAUUUGCAAGCUGUCCAGCAACAUGACUUACUCCAGGGAGACCUGGAAACUGCUCCUCACCAAGUCCUCUGCAGUUCUGGAUGAUGCUCUCAUCAUGUUCUCCAACAUGUCUCUGAGGAUCAUGGGUCAAUCUGUGACUGAUGUCCUGGAUAUUCUUGGAGAGCUCCGUCUGGAGCUGCUCAGUGACAUGCAGUGGGAAGACAUCGACUUCAUCUCCUCACUGUUUGGUGAACGUCUGCGGCUGUUCUUGCCCUUCGCCUCCGGACAACUUCUGUACUGUGUCAGCAGGAAGAACCUCACCUGUGAAACCUACCAGUACAUUGUGGCUGAGCUGAGUCUUCAAUUUGAUCACAUGACAGAGGAGCAGGCCGAGAACGUUCUCAAGUUCUUCAUUUUGCCCUUCCUGUCCAGAAACACAUCAGAUCCAGGAUGUAUCUCCAACAAUAGCAUGGCGUGGCUUCUCAACAACUACGGGCAAUUCUCUGGCCUUGUCCCACUCAAAAGUCUACUUGAUGCCAAUAAGUACUUCAAUCCGCUGGCUGUCCUGGAGCUGCUCUCUCCCCAGCAGAAGGCGGAGCUGAUCCUCCUGCCUCUCGGAGACCUUCCCCCACAGGAGGUCAUCAGGGUCGUCUUCAACCACCUCCUGCAGCCUCCCCAGCAGACACAGAUGCCCGAGGUCCUGCAACAUCUAGUCAGGAUUGCACAAGAGAACGAGAUACCGUGUCUCACCCUUCAGUUAGUAUCAGAGAACCUGUACAUGGGUCUGUCAUAUGUGCCUCCUGAAUUAGAGCAUAUCAUCUACACAACCGUCGAUCAACUUAGAGGGAACUCACCACAAGGUUGCAUACUUCCACAGCCACCUUCAUGUCCUUUCACAAGGGUUAAUGAGACUGAAAUUUGCUACAGGACAAACAGCUCUGAGUUGCAGCAUCUCUUGGAUAUGGGACAAGUACCCUGCCAAUACAGCGUGUCAGAGUAUGCAUGCUCUGAGCUGUCAGGACUCACUGCAGAGCACCUGGCCCAGCUCCUGGUCUGCCAGCUGUCCAGCAACAGGACUUACUCCAAGGGGACCUGGAAGCUGCUCCUCACCAAGACCUCUGCAGUUCUGGACGAAGCUCUCAUCAUGUUCUCACACAUGGCCUCCAAUAUGUCUCUGAGGAUCAUGGGUCAAUCUGUGACUGAUGUCCUGGAUAUUCUUGGAGAGCUCCGUCUGGAGCUGCUCAGUGACAUGCAGUGGGAAGACAUCGACUUCAUCUCCUCACUGUUUGGUGAACGUCUGCGGCUGUUCUUGCCCUUCGCCUCCGGACAACUUCUGCACUGUGUCAGCAGGAAGAACCUCACCUGUGAAACCUACCAGUACAUUGUGACUGAGCUGAGUCUUCAGUUUGAUCACAUGACAGAGGAGCAGGCCGAGAACGUUCUCAAGUUCUUCAUUUUGCCCUUCCUGUCCAGAAACACAUCAGAUCCAGGAUGUAUCUCCAACAAUAGCAUGGCGUGGCUUCUCAACAACUACGGGCAAUUCUCUGGCCUUGUCCCACUCAAAAGUCUACUUGAUGCCAAUAAGUACUUCAAUCCGCUGGCUGUCCUGGAGCUGCUCUCUCCCCAGCAGAAGGCGGAGCUGAUCCUCCUGCCUCUCGGAGACCUUCUCCCACAGGAGGUCAUCAGGGUCGUCUUCAACCACCUCCUGCAGCCUCCCCAGCAGACACAGAUGCCCGAGGUCCUGCAACAUCUAGUCAGGAUUGCACAAGAGGACGAGAUACCGUGUCUCACCCUUCAGUUAGUAUCAGAGAACCUGUACAUGGGUCUGUCAUAUGUGCCUCCUGAAUUAGAGCAUAUCAUCUACACAACCGUCGAUCAACUUAGAGGGAACUCACCACAAGGUUGCAUACUUCCACAGCCACCUUCAUGUCCUUUCACAAGGGUAAAUGAGACUGAAAUUUGCUACAGGACAAACAGCUCUGAGUUGCAGCAUCUCUUGGAUAUGGGACAAGUACCCUGCCAAUACAGCGUGUCAGAGUAUGCAUGCUCUGAGCUGUCAGGACUCACUGCAGAGCACCUGGCCCAGCUCCUGGUCUGCCAGCUGUCCAGCAACAGGACUUACUCCAAGGGGACCUGGAAGCUGCUCCUCACCAAGACCUCUGCAGUUCUGGACGAAGCUCUCAUCAUGUUCUCACACAUGGCCUCCAAUAUGUCUCUGAGGAUCAUGGGUCCAUCUGUGACUCAUGUCCUGGAUAUUCUUGGGGAGCUCCGUCUGGAGUCGCUCAGUGACAUGCAGUGGCAAGACAUCUAUUUCAUCUCCUCACUGUUUAGUGACAGUCUGCGGCCAUUUUUACCCUUCGCCUCUGGAGACCUUCUGCAAUGUGUCAGCAGCAAGAACCUCACCUGUGAAACUUACCAGUACAUUGUGGGUGAGCUGAGUCAUCAUUUUGAUGACAUGACAGAGGAGCAGGCCGAGGAUGUCCUCCGGUCCUUCAUCCUGCCCUUCCUGUCCAGAAACACAUCAGACUCUGGAUGCUUCUCCAACAACAGCAUGGAAUGGCUUACAGAUAACUACGGACAAUUCUCUGUCCUUGUUCCUCUCGAAAGUCUAUUUGAUCGCAACCAGGACUUUGAUCCACUGGAGGUGUUGGAUCUUCUCAGUCCAAAGCAGAUGGCUGAGUUGAUGGUUCUGCCUCUCCCUCAUGCCCAAGGGAAAGAUGAGGUCGUCAGCAGAGUGCUGGAUCACCUGCUGGAAUCACCUGUGGAGAGGAAUCUUCCAGAAGUUCUUGGUCUCACCAUCAUCCUUGCCACACAGGAUGAAGCACCUUGUGAGUUCUACCAGGCAAUUAUCCCAAGGCUGAGUGAGUCUGUGACAUCAGUACCAGCAGUUCUGGAGCUCAUCAUCAGAGGAGCUGUGGAAGAGCUGCUCCAGCUCAGUCCACUAGAUUGUGCUGUUCCUCUGCCUGCUCAGUGUCCUACAACACCAGUUAAUGAAACCAGAAUUUGUGAAGGUGUUAACAGCACUGUCCUGCAGUCUCAACUGGCAGCUGGCCUCGUCCCCUGUAAUGUCAGUCUGGAGCAGUAUGCCUGUUCAGAGCUAACAGGAUUCACUGCACAUCACCUGGCCCAGGUUCUGAUUUGCAAGCUGUCCAGCAACAUGACUUACUCCAGGGAGACCUGGAAACUGCUCCUCACCAAGUCCUCUGCAGUUCUGGAUGAUGCUCUCAUCAUGUUCUCCAACAUGUCUCUGAGGAUCAUGGGUCAAUCUGUGACUGAUGUCCUGGAUAUUCUUGGAGAGCUCCGUCUGGAGCUGCUCAGUGACAUGCAGUGGGAAGACAUCGACUUCAUCUCCUCACUGUUUGGUGAACGUCUGCGGCUGUUCUUGCCCUUCGCCUCCGGACAACUUCUGCACUGUGUCAGCAGGAAGAACCUCACCUGUGAAACCUACCAGUACAUUGUGACUGAGCUGAGUCUUCAGUUUGAUCACAUGACAGAGGAGCAGGCCGAGAACGUUCUCAAGUUCUUCAUUUUGCCCUUCCUGUCCAGAAACACAUCAGAUCCAGGAUGUAUCUCCAACAAUAGCAUGGCGUGGCUUCUCAACAACUACGGGCAAUUCUCUGGCCUUGUCCCACUCAAAAGUCUACUUGAUGCCAAUAAGUACUUCAAUCCGCUGGCUGUCCUGGAGCUGCUCUCUCCCCAGCAGAAGGCGGAGCUGAUCCUCCUGCCUCUCGGAGACCUUCUCCCACAGGAGGUCAUCAGGGUCGUCUUCAACCACCUCCUGCAGCCUCCCCAGCAGACACAGAUGCCCGAGGUCCUGCAACAUCUAGUCAGGAUUGCACAAGAGGACGAGAUACCGUGUCUCACCCUUCAGUUAGUAUCAGAGAACCUGUACAUGGGUCUGUCAUAUGUGCCUCCUGAAUUAGAGCAUAUCAUCUACACAACCGUCGAUCAACUUAGAGGGAACUCACCACAAGGUUGCAUACUUCCACAGCCACCUUCAUGUCCUUUCACAAGGGUAAAUGAGACUGAAAUUUGCUACAGGACAAACAGCUCUGAGUUGCAGCAUCUCUUGGAUAUGGGACAAGUACCCUGCCAAUACAGCGUGUCAGAGUAUGCAUGCUCUGAGCUGUCAGGACUCACUGCAGAGCACCUGGCCCAGCUCCUGGUCUGCCAGCUGUCCAGCAACAGGACUUACUCCAAGGGGACCUGGAAGCUGCUCCUCACCAAGACCUCUGCAGUUCUGGACGAAGCUCUCAUCAUGUUCUCACACAUGGCCUCCAAUAUGUCUCUGAGGAUCAUGGGUCCAUCUGUGACUCAUGUCCUGGAUAUUCUUGGGGAGCUCCGUCUGGAGUCGCUCAGUGACAUGCAGUGGCAAGACAUCUAUUUCAUCUCCUCACUGUUUAGUGACAGUCUGCGGCCAUUUUUACCCUUCGCCUCUGGAGACCUUCUGCAAUGUGUCAGCAGCAAGAACCUCACCUGUGAAACUUACCAGUACAUUGUGGGUGAGCUGAGUCAUCAUUUUGAUGACAUGACAGAGGAGCAGGCCGAGGAUGUCCUCCGGUCCUUCAUCCUGCCCUUCCUGUCCAGAAACACAUCAGACUCUGGAUGCUUCUCCAACAACAGCAUGGAAUGGCUUACAGAUAACUACGGACAAUUCUCUGUCCUUGUUCCUCUCGAAAGUCUAUUUGAUCGCAACCAGGACUUUGAUCCACUGGAGGUGUUGGAUCUUCUCAGUCCAAAGCAGAUGGCUGAGUUGAUGGUUCUGCCUCUCCCUCAUGCCCAAGGGAAAGAUGAGGUCGUCAGCAGAGUGCUGGAUCACCUGCUGGAAUCACCUGUGGAGAGGAAUCUUCCAGAAGUUCUUGGUCUCACCAUCAUCCUUGCCACACAGGAUGAAGCACCUUGUGAGUUCUACCAGGCAAUUAUCCCAAGGCUGAGUGAGUCUGUGACAUCAGUACCAGCAGUUCUGGAGCUCAUCAUCAGAGGAGCUGUGGAAGAGCUGCUCCAGCUCAGUCCACUAGAUUGUGCUGUUCCUCUGCCUGCUCAGUGUCCUACAACACCAGUUAAUGAAACCAGAAUUUGUGAAGGUGUUAACAGCACUGUCCUGCAGUCUCAACUGGCAGCUGGCCUCGUCCCCUGUAAUGUCAGUCUGGAGCAGUAUGCCUGUUCAGAGCUAACAGGAUUCACUGCACAGCACCUGGCCCAGGUUCUGAUUUGCAAGCUGUCCAGCAACAUGACUUACUCCAGGGAGACCUGGAAACUGCUCCUCACCAAGUCCUCUGCAGUUCUGGAUGAUGCUCUCAUCAUGUUCUCCAACAUGUCUCUGAGGAUCAUGGGUAAAUCUGUGACUGAUGUCCUGGAUAUUCUUGGAGAGCUCCGUCUGGAGCUGCUCAGUGACAUGCAGUGGGAAGACAUCGACUUCAUCUCCUCACUGUUUGGUGAACGUCUGCGGCUGUUCUUGCCCUUCGCCUCCGGAGAACUUCUGUACUGUGUCAGCAGGAAGAACCUCACCUGUGAAACCUACCAGUACAUUGUGGCUGAGCUGAGUCUUCAAUUUGAUCACAUGACAGAGGAGCAGGCCGAGAACGUUCUCAAGUUCUUCAUUUUGCCCUUCCUGUCCAGAAACACAUCAGAUCCAGGAUGUAUCUCCAACAAUAGCAUGGCGUGGCUUCUCAACAACUACGGGCAAUUCUCUGGCCUUGUCCCACUCAAAAGUCUACUUGAUGCCAAUAAGUACUUCAAUCCGCUGGCUGUCCUGGAGCUGCUCUCUCCCCAGCAGAAGGCGGAGCUGAUCCUCCUGCCUCUCGGAGACCUUCCCCCACAGGAGGUCAUCAGGGUCGUCUUCAACCACCUCCUGCAGCCUCCCCAGCAGACACAGAUGCCCGAGGUCCUGCAACAUCUAGUCAGGAUUGCACAAGAGAACGAGAUACCGUGUCUCACCCUUCAGUUAGUAUCAGAGAACCUGUACAUGGGUCUGUCACAUGUGCCUCCUGAAUUAGAGCAUAUCAUCUACACAACCGUCGAUCAACUUAGAGGGAACUCACCACAAGGUUGCAUACUUCCACAGCCACCUUCAUGUCCUUUCACAAGGGUAAAUGAGACUGAAAUUUGCUACAGGACAAACAGCUCUGAGUUGCAGCAUCUCUUGGAUAUGGGACAAGUACCCUGCCAAUACAGCGGGACAGAGUAUGCAUGCUCUGAGCUGUCAGGACUCACUGCAGAGCACCUGGCCCAGCUCCUGGUCUGCCAGCUGUCCAGCAACAGGACUUACUCCAAGGGGACCUGGAAGCUGCUCCUCACCAAGACCUCUGCAGUUCUGGACGAAGCUCUCAUCAUGUUCUCACACAUGGCCUCCAAUAUGUCUCUGAGGAUCAUGGGUCAAUCUGUGACUGAUGUCCUGGAUAUUCUUGGAGAGCUCCGUCUGGAGCUGCUCAGUGACAUGCAGUGGGAAGACAUCGACUUCAUCUCCUCACUGUUUGGUGAACGUCUGCGGCUGUUCUUGCCCUUCGCCUCCGGACAACUUCUGCACUGUGUCAGCAGGAAGAACCUCACCUGUGAAACCUACCAGUACAUUGUGGCUGAGCUGAGUCUUCAGUUUGAUCACAUGACAGAGGAGCAGGCCGAGAACGUUCUCAAGUUCUUCAUUUUGCCCUUCCUGUCCAGAAACACAUCAGAUCCAGGAUGUAUCUCCAACAAUAGCAUGACGUGGCUUCUCAACAACUACGGGCAAUUCUCUGGCCUUGUCCCACUCAAAAGUCUACUUGAUGCCAAUAAGUACUUCAAUCCGCUGGCUGUCCUGGAGCUGCUCUCUCCCCAGCAGAAGGCGGAGCUGAUCCUCCUGCCUCUCGGAGACCUUCCCCCACAGGAGGUCAUCAGGGUCGUCUUCAACCACCUCCUGCAGCCUCCCCAGCAGACACAGAUGCCCGAGGUCCUGCAACAUCUAGUCAGGAUUGCACAAGAGAACGAGAUACCGUGUCUCACCCUUCAGUUAGUAUCAGAGAACCUGUACAUGGGUCUGUCACAUGUGCCUCCUGAAUUAGAGCAUAUCAUCUACACAACCGUCGAUCAACUUAGAGGGAACUCACCACAAGGUUGCAUACUUCCACAGCCACCUUCAUGUCCUUUCACAAGGGUAAAUGAGACUGAAAUUUGCUACAGGACAAACAGCUCUGAGUUGCAGCAUCUCUUGGAUAUGGGACAAGUACCCUGCCAAUACAGCGUGUCAGAGUAUGCAUGCUCUGAGCUGUCAGGACUCACUGCAGAGCACCUGGCCCAGCUCCUGGUCUGCCAGCUGUCCAGCAACAGGACUUACUCCAAGGGGACCUGGAAGCUGCUCCUCACCAAGACCUCUGCAGUUCUGGACGAAGCUCUCAUCAUGUUCUCACACAUGGCCUCCAAUAUGUCUCUGAGGAUCAUGGGUCCAUCUGUGACUCAUGUCCUGGAUAUUCUUGGGGAGCUCCGUCUGGAGUCGCUCAGUGACAUGCAGUGGCAAGACAUCUAUUUCAUCUCCUCACUGUUUAGUGACAGUCUGCGGCCAUUUUUACCCUUCGCCUCUGGAGACCUUCUGCAAUGUGUCAGCAGCAAGAACCUCACCUGUGAAACUUACCAGUACAUUGUGGGUGAGCUGAGUCAUCAUUUUGAUGACAUGACAGAGGAGCAGGCCGAGGAUGUCCUCCGGUCCUUCAUCCUGCCCUUCCUGUCCAGAAACACAUCAGACUCUGGAUGCUUCUCCAACAACAGCAUGGAAUGGCUUACAGAUAACUACGGACAAUUCUCUGUCCUUGUUCCUCUCGAAAGUCUAUUUGAUCGCAACCAGGACUUUGAUCCACUGGAGGUGUUGGAUCUUCUCAGUCCAAAGCAGAUGGCUGAGUUGAUGGUUCUGCCUCUCCCUCAUGCCCAAGGGAAAGAUGAGGUCGUCAGCAGAGUGCUGGAUCACCUGCUGGAAUCACCUGUGGAGAGGAAUCUUCCAGAAGUUCUUGGUCUCACCAUCAUCCUUGCCACACAGGAUGAAGCACCUUGUGAGUUCUACCAGGCAAUUAUCCCAAGGCUGAGUGAGUCUGUGACAUCAGUACCAGCAGUUCUGGAGCUCAUCAUCAGAGGAGCUGUGGAAGAGCUGCUCCAGCUCAGUCCACUAGAUUGUGCUGUUCCUCUGCCUGCUCAGUGUCCUACAACACCAGUUAAUGAAACCAGAAUUUGUGAAGGUGUUAACAGCACUGUCCUGCAGUCUCAACUGGCAGCUGGCCUCGUCCCCUGUAAUGUCAGUCUGGAGCAGUAUGCCUGUUCAGAGCUAACAGGAUUCACUGCACAUCACCUGGCCCAGGUUCUGAUUUGCAAGCUGUCCAGCAACAUGACUUACUCCAGGGAGACCUGGAAACUGCUCCUCACCAAGUCCUCUGCAGUUCUGGAUGAUGCUCUCAUCAUGUUCUCCAACAUGUCUCUGAGGAUCAUGGGUCAAUCUGUGACUGAUGUCCUGGAUAUUCUUGGAGAGCUCCGUCUGGAGCUGCUCAGUGACAUGCAGUGGGAAGACAUCGACUUCAUCUCCUCACUGUUUGGUGAACGUCUGCGGCUGUUCUUGCCCUUCGCCUCCGGACAACUUCUGCACUGUGUCAGCAGGAAGAACCUCACCUGUGAAACCUACCAGUACAUUGUGGCUGAGCUGAGUCUUCAGUUUGAUCACAUGACAGAGGAGCAGGCCGAGAACAUUCUCAAGUUCUUCAUUUUGCCCUUCCUGUCCAGAAACACAUCAGAUCCAGGAUGUAUCUCCAACAAUAGCAUGGCGUGGCUUCUCAACAACUACGGGCAAUUCUCUGGCCUUGUCCCACUCAAAAGUCUACUUGAUGCCAAUAAGUACUUCAAUCCGCUGGCUGUCCUGGAGCUGCUCUCUCCCCAGCAGAAGGCGGAGCUGAUCCUCCUGCCUCUCGGAGACCUUCCCCCACAGGAGGUCAUCAGGGUUGUCUUCAACCACCUCCUGCAGCCUCCCCAGCAGACACAGAUGCCCGAGGUCCUGCAACAUCUAGUCAGGAUUGCACAAGAGAACGAGAUACCGUGUCUCACCCUUCAGUUAGUAUCAGAGAACCUGUACAUGGGUCUGUCAUAUGUGCCUCCUGAAUUAGAGCAUAUCAUCUACACAACCGCCGAUCAACUUAGAGGGAACUCACCACAAGGUUGCAUACUUCCACAGCCAACUUCAUGUCCUUUCACAAGGGUAAAUGAGACUGAAAUUUGCUACAGGACAAACAGCACUGCAUUACAGCUUCACCUGGACAACAAGCAAGAGUCCAGCUCUCUGUGUGGCUUCAGCAUGGCACAGUACGCAUGCGCACAGCUGUCCACUUUGACGGCUCAAGACCUGGUGACAUUGUUAACCUGCAAAACGAGUGAGGAUCAUCCCAAAGCGACCUGGAAGCUUUUCAUCACCAAAGUCAAUCCCAUCCUGGGUCAUGCCCUCGACCUCUUCAACAGCACGAAGCUCACUGCCAGUCACGCCGUCUCGAACGUCCUGGACGCAAUCGGCGAGGUCACCUUCAGCAGUUUCAGUGCUGACCACGUGCGGGACGUCGCGUAUGUGAACCGCUGGUUCGGGAUGCGCCUGAGGCCCUUCCUGUCCUCCGUCACCCCAUCCUUCCUCUCCUGCUUGGCCACCAAGGACUUCAGCUGCCAGACCUACCAGAAUGUUGUGCAGGCCAUGGGGCAGGUGUACGGAGAAAUGCUCAACUCUACUCUGGUCUACACGGACUUCAUCGAGGUCUUCCUCAACAAGUCAGCCUGUACCGAUGGCAUUGCAAACAGUGCUGACUGGCUGGAGAAGAACUUUGGGCCGUUCUCAGCUGCUGCCUCUGUUGUGGACAUGCAGAGACUGCAUGGCAGCUUCAAUCUGAUUGAGGCCCUGUCCCGACUGGACCUGAGGCAGCUGGUGGAGGCCUCCGCCACUCCCGGCCUGCUGACCAGCCCCGCCGACGUCACCGCCCUGCUGGGAUACGUCCCCGACCAGCUGCUGGCCAGCUACUUCGACAUGCUGGCUCCAGCCGCCCAGGGAAAUCCAAUCGCUGCACCCCUCCGUUCAGUCAUGCUGCAGCAGGUGUUCAACCGUGCCAAGUUGUCGGAGUCGUCCGUGCCCGACACUGAGGUGCUGGUGUGGCUAAACCACCGCAUGACGUUCCUGUUGCCCAAUCUCUCGCCCAGCCAUGUGGCACCGUACUUCGACAUCAUUAGAGUGCGACGGUGCCGCACCAGCCAGCAGGCUGUGGCCCUUCUGAACGGUACCUUGGCCACGCUUGAGGAUGACACUCAGACCCAGGUGUACGGCCAAAUCAUAUUGUUACUCACAGUGCCCUCCCCUCUGCGUUGCUAUGGCAGCGGAAGCUUCUACUCCUUCCUGGAGACGUCCUUCAUGGGCUUCCAGUUCCCUAUCCUGACCACCUUCCUCUCACUCAUGCCAGCCAGCCGCAGGACAGAGCUGAUGAACUCCAUCCCACCAGCCCACCUGGGCAGCUUCCUGCGCAGGCCGGGCGCUGUGGACAACAUGGGCAAACUCUGCCAGGUCUUUGAUGGCUACACUGAGACACUGCAGUUCCUGGAAACGGAGAAGGUUCCGGAGAUGGUCCAGCCAUACGUCCUGCCUUGUGUGUGGCCCCGGGCCCUGGUCGCUGACUCUGCUGAGGUUGACCGCUGGUUCGGCGCCGGACUGAGCUCCUAUCUCCGCUUCCUCAACAAAGACCGCAUCAGCUACGCCACGCUCCAGAACUCAAACUGUCUGGCCUUCAGGAAGUUUGUUGCUGUGGCAGGAAACCUUAACUACAGCUCCGCUGCCUUCACCCAACGGGAUGUGUACUCAACAAUACAGAACUACCUCUCCAUAGCCCCAACACCAAGGUGCUACAACACGUCUGUUCCUGACCUGGCCUCCACCGCCUGGUUCGCCAACUACAUCAACAUCUUCAUCACAUUCAUCUCCCUGGAGGAUCUCGGCGCUUACGGAGGCACAAGUCUCCAACCCUUCACCACCAACCUGGCGAACCUCCAGCUGUUCAACCAAACCUCCCUGCCGCAGAGCGUCACCACCUUCUACGUGGAGUUGCUGUACUUGCAGAACCCCACCUUCAACGCUAUCCAUCUCCCUCUUGCGUUCCGCUGUGUGGCCCCUGCCAUGGGCUUCUCCAAUCUGACUCUGGGCGAGACCAUGGCCAUCACCUCCAUCCUCCACGACUCCUGCAGCAAUAUUGACGAUGACGUGUCCGCUGCCCUCAGCAGGAACGUGGAGACCAUCUCACCGACGCGCAUCUCCACGCUGGGCAACUCAAGCGUGGGCUUCAGUACGGGCCAGCUGAGCGCGGCCAACCCCUCAGUCAUCUUCUCAUCGCUGUCCGUGCUCAGCACCGUGGUGGGCUGGAACCAGGGGCAGGCCAUGACGCUCAUCCAGAAGCUCCUCAGCUCCGGCAGAUUCAAGAUCACAAACAGUAAAGAUCUCUGGAGUCUAGGCACCCUCAUCGCAGGUGUUCCCUCGGCGACCAUCAACAGCAUCAGCGCCUCAGAGAUCCUCACAGCCGCACAGUCCCCAACACUGGUCAACAACCUCAUGACCGCACCCACCAUCAUCCAGCAGACAUUCGUCUCCAAAAUCAUCUCUGUCAGCUCAACGAGCAGUUCCAUCAUAACCAACGUGCCCAAUGCCUUGGCAACACAAAUCCCAAGGAACUUCCUGCAGGACUUUACCCAGACGACAGAGGUGGUCACGACACUGAACCAGAAGACCUGGACACAGAGCCAGUCUGUUCUCAUCUUUGAUACUGUUGCGACUGCCGUGGAAAAUGCAAAUGACAUCUCGUUCCAAGUGCUGCAGGGCUUCACCUGUACCCGUGUGCAGACCCUCUCCAAGGUCAAGAUCAAGAGCCUCAUUAGAGGCUGCAGGAGGCGCAAUAAUCUCAAGCUCAAACUCCAGCAGACACAGUUGACUUGCAUGUACUACCAACUGAGAGGUGAAUCGGAUGCCGCAGACUAUUCUCUCUACCCUGCAGAUAUGCUGCUGUACUACGAUUAUUCCACUGUGAAAAACUGUAAGAACUACUUCACUGAACUGGGCUUUGCGGACUUCACUGUUCUCACCGGUGCCUAUGAAUCCUACCAGACAACGCUUGUCAACAAUGCCAAAACCUGUCUGGGCAUCACCGGGUUUAACAUCAGUGCAGCGAACAUCAACAUCCUCGGCAACAUGGUGUGCCUGCUGACUGGUUCCUACGUGGAGAACUCUGACCCCUCCAUCCUGGAGAAGCUGAAGAACUGCGACGACCUGUCCACUUCCCAGGUCACUGGCAUGGAGACACUUCUCCUUUCGGGCAAGACUAAAUACGGCGUUCCAUCAACAUGGACACGGGAGACUCCUUGGGAUCUGGACCCUCUGUUUCUGUACUUCACGUCCAAUCUGUGGAAGGAGAUGAACAGGAGGGAGGCCCGCAGAUUCAUAAAGACUUUCAUCAAACAGCUGAGACGCCAAGGUGUUCCCAGGAGAAAGAUCCAAUACAUAAAGAGAGAAUUCCAGCAGGCUCAUCGAGCCAAACGUGACACAGCCAUCGAGUGCACUGUUGGAGCCAUCACCCAGAUCCAGAUCAAUGAUGACGCCUUCCCCAUCGACUAUGACGCCACACAGUUCAACGCCUGCUUGAGCCUCACCGUCCUCAAGGACAAUCUGCCAGAGAUCACAGACAAGAUCGAUCAGGACGACUACCGUCAGGUCAUUCUGGAGAAGUUAAAUCAGGCCUACCCAGAUGGCCUCUCAGACGACGUGGUCCAGAUGCUGGGGCCUGUGUCCCGUAGGGCGACCACUGAUGACAUAAGCAAGUGGAACAUCACCAAAAUCGACACUCUGUCCUCUUUGAUGAAGACGUCGGAUGGAGACUGGUCAGAAAAUCAGACCAAAGCCAUCAUGACUAAGUACUUUGCUGCGUCGAACAGCAUUGACAGUUCGGUUCUGAAUUCUCUGGGCGGUUCUGGUGUGUGUUCCCUGGGGAGCGGCGUUCUGGAAACCAUCACCUCCAGCAGCCUGCAGCAAGCAGAUGCGCUGCCCGUCAGCAGCUGUAGCCUGGACAAAAAGAAGGUCCUGUUCCCCAUUGCCCAGGCCGCCUUCAUCAAUCAGACCAGCACCACCAAGAGGUCAACCACCACGGUCACACUCGCGCAGUACCAACUCAUCCAGUCCUACCUGGGUGGUGCCACCGAGUCCUUUGUACGAACCCUGGCCUCCUCCAGUGUCAACAUGGAUAUUGACACCUUCCUCGGUCUAGACCAGAGUGUCAUUCAGACCCUCAGCGUGUCGGACGUGAAGAGCCUGCUGGGUGACAUCAACGUGAACGAACUGAGAACCUACUCCAGCAACCCCAUCGUCCAGGACUGGAUCAGCCGCCAGUUCCAGACCGACCUGGACACCCUGGGCCUGGGGCUCACUGGUGGGCGCGCCUCCCCCGCCACCACCGCCAACGUCAACGGGAACGCCGGUUCCGCCACCAACGCGGCGGCUACCACUACCACCGCAACCACUGCAGCGGGAGCCACAACGGCCAACAACACUGCAAGCGGAGGGGCGAGCAUCAGACCUGCCAGCGGCCUGUACUGCCUCCUACUGGCCACAGUUGUCUCUGCACUUUACCGCCUCCAGUAAUGAAUCAUCUUUUGCCAGGAGCACUGAAGGAAACCUAAACCAGUUUACAGCCCUGUUUAUAUGCACACGAUGGUGUUUUCUCAGAACGCUGCCACACAUAUGGAAGAUACAAAUGGAAUGUGAUCUCAGCAACGCUUUACUGAAACACUGCUUCAUAAGACUGACAUAGCCCUGUCAUAAAGGCAUUACGUCAGAUACAGUACAAUGGAUUCCUGUUUUCCUGUUAGUCAUUUUGACUGCUCAUGUCUAAUGAUUUGACAGAGUCAUGUUACAUAGUCAUAACGGCUUAUUUACUUACUUAGUUACUUAUUUACUUGCUUACUACUUACUACUUAAUGUUUAUUUUGAUAGGGACAGGUUCAAUAUAUUUAGAGAAUUGCACACAAUUAUUAAAUGCAACACAUUAGAGCAUAGCUAUUGCUUAUUUCCAGUGUCUGUCCACAGAAGGGCCUUUAAAAUAACAAAAACAGAACAUCAGAAUUAGACUAUGAAAUGUGUUUCAUUUUAGUUGACCUUACGUAGCAUUCAAGAGUGCUGAAGGAAAUCUACGCUAGUUUUAUGAUCAUAUUUAUGACACUUAUGGAAUAUGAUAUUACAUUGUUAUUAUCACUAAGUAUUGGUCACCAUUGACUUCUGACGACACAAGGCAUCUGCAGUGACUGGUUUAUGUGGGUCUUUUGAAGCAGGGCUCAAUUUUGUUUUAAAACCCUUUUUAAGUGUAAUUGUCUCAGGUUGUCAGUUCAAGUGCUGUCACUUUCAAUAUUGGACUGCACUCUUAAUUGAUGUCUUUUCUUUGAUGCACUCCAAUUAAUAUAAAAAAUAACCUGUACUUAGUCAGCAGGAUGUGAUUCAACGUCAGAAUAAAAUGAUAAUCAUGCUUCCCUCUCCUCAUACAACCUGUUGUACUUCUAUUUUUAUAGACCUAUACUUUUUUUUGCUAAAAAUGAAAGAUAUUCUAAAGAAAAUGUAAUCAAACAAUAAAAGCAUUCUAUCACUCUUAA